CGGCCCGAGCUGGCGAGGGAGCGGGAGAGGUGGCGCGCGAGCGGCGCCGGCUCGGAAGAGGAGGUUCUCACGUGACUUCCUGGAAGUUGCCUUGGAAAUGCGGGCAGGGAGAAGAGAAAUGACCUAAUCUACGUUCUACCCUGAAAGGGUGAAAGGGGGUUGGGGAGGGGAGUUGGGGAAACCAGAAGGAGAGCUAUGCCUGGGGUUCGGAGGAGGCCGCCUGCAAACAGGACCCUCACGUCGCAGUGCACACACCAUCAUGUCGCCGUGUUCCUGCUCACGUUCUUCAGCUACUCUUUGCUCCAUGCCUCCCGGAAGACGUUUAGCAAUGUCAAGGUCAGCAUAUCCAACCAGUGGACCCCCUUUCCCCAUAACAACACCUCCCCCAGCCUCCAGCCAAAUGAGCUCUGGAACAAUAGCCAUAUAUUUCCCGAUACUAGGAAAGCCACACUCUUCCUUGGAACUUUGGACACCAUCUUCCUGUUCUCGUAUGCUGUGGGUCUUUUUAUCAGCGGUAUUGUUGGGGAUCGCCUGAAUAUGCGCUGGGUCCUGUCAUUCGGCAUGUGUUCCUCUGCAGUAGUGGUAUUUGUUUUUGGCACUGUCACUGAAUGGCUGCAUUUCUACAACAAGUGGUUCUAUUGCUUCCUGUGGAUUGUGAACGGCUUGCUGCAGUCGACUGGCUGGCCCUGUGUCGUAGCUGUCAUGGGAAACUGGUUUGGCAAAGCUGGGAGGGGGCUUGUGUUUGGUCUCUGGAGUGCUUGUGCCUCGGUGGGCAACAUCUUUGGAGCUUUCCUUGCCUCUUCAGUUCUGCAGUAUGGCUACGAAUAUGCCUUCCUGGUGACAGCUUCAGUCCAGUUUGCUGGAGGAAUCAUUGUCUUCUUUGGCCUGGUGAUUUCCCCCAAGGAAGUAGGCCUCCCCGACGUUGGCGAAGAGGGCGAUAGUUCUGCUGAAGAAGAUGUCAGUGAGCCAUUGAUUGGUAGCAAUGACGACGACGACGAUGAUCAGAAUUACUCCAUUCAGGCAGCUGAUCUGAGCAACAGUGGCGGCGGCAGCAACACACGCCAGCCCAAGGCUAUUGGAUUUUUUCAGGCUUGUUGUCUACCUGGGGUUAUAUUGUAUUCCUUGGCCUAUGCCUGCUUGAAGCUAGUGAACUACUCCUUUUUCUUCUGGCUGCCUUUGUACCUCUACGACAAUUUUGGAUGGAAGGAGGCGGAAGCUGAUGAGCUGUCGAUCUGGUAUGAUGUCGGAGGGAUUAUAGGUGGCACCAUCCAAGGCUUCAUCUCUGACAAGCUGCAAAAGAGAGCCCCGGUGUUAGCCGUUAGCCUCAUCUUGGCUAUUGCAUCUCUCUUGGGAUACAGCCGUUCACCAAAUGACAAACUUAUCAAUGCGGUUCUCAUGGCAAUAACAGGCUUUUUCAUCGGAGGCCCUUCCAAUAUGAUCAGUUCCGCCAUUUCUGCAGACCUGGGGCGUCAGGAGAUGGUGAAAGGAAGCAGCGAGGCUCUGGCGACUGUGACAGGGAUUGUGGAUGGCACUGGGAGCAUUGGAGCAGCUGUGGGCCAGUCACUGGUAUCUUUGAUUCACGAUAAAUUGGAAUGGAUGUCGGUUUUCUAUUUCUUCAGCCUGAUGAUCGGUUUAACGGUGCUCUUCAUCACGCCUUUAAUAGUAAAUGAAAUAAAGAUGCUGCGGGCAGAGAGGCGUUUGCGCAGGUUGGCUGGCUGACCUCCCCCUUCUCUGCGCCACUCAAUGGAACUGUCCAAGGAAGGACCACUAAGCAGAAGGGAGUUUCAGGACAUCAAGCAGCUCAUGUUUACUUUGUCACUUACAUCCGCGGUUGAUGGCCACAAAAGAAUUUGCUGCUGCGAAUUUUGGGUCUGAAUGCCCUAAUACCAUCUGAAGAUACGAUGCAGCCACCUGCAACCUGGAGGUGUCUGUAUGUUUAUAGUGGGCUUGCAGAACUGGCCAGAGAGACAUUCUCCCCACCCCCCAGUUCUUGGAGCCAGUUUUGGCAAUCACCAGGAUCAAAUCUUAAAACUCAUCUCCCACUCCCCUGCUCGGACUACAACAUUUUGGGCUGCAGGUGGGUGAUUUCAGCUUUGAAUACGCCCUCCACAAAAUAAAUCUUGCGGGUAGAAAAUGAGCAAAUCCAAGAGAGGAGUUCAAAUCUGCUGUCUUCCUAUUAUGCUAAUUGUCUCAGUGGAGGGAAUUUUAUCGGCGGAGGUAGGAAUCAUAUAAAUGUGCAAAACCCCACCACCACCUGCAGCCUGAGAUGGAACAAUCUGGGGCAUGCCUCGCCACUUGAUGCUGAUAACUUUAUAAACUGGCUCUUGCCAGUCGCUUGUAAAUUGCAUCUGGACACCUGACAGCAGCCAGAUAGCUACAACUGACACCCCCUUUUUGCAGCUUUUUUAAUAGCAAAGUCAGGGGAAAGCUGUUUCAUUACUUGACACUAUAAAUCAGGCUUGGGCCAGUCCAGCGCAGGGUUUUGGUGUGUGUGUGUGUGUAUGUGUGUGUUGUAAACGCGUUGUGCCAAGCACCUGCCUCCUGGUUUCUACCUGGCCCUGUAUUUACAAAAUACACAGCAGGAACCUUUGGAAGCAGCCCAGAUCCUUAGCCCGCUCUUGUAUAAAGAAUGGUUGUUGUGUUUUUAUUUUGAUUUACGAAUGUUUGUCCUGUCCAGGUUGCCUGUGUUAAUUUAACCUGUCCGUGUCUUAACAGUGCAGUUGCAUUCCAUACUUGAUUUAUUCUUCUCUUAACUGCCUGAUGUGUGAGAAUGAGGCUGCGUCUCUGGGAGAGGUGCAGAGCCAAAUAUUUCACAGAGGUGGGUGAUAAUCAAAGGUUUUACCAGAGUCCUUAAAAUUUAGGAUGUUAGGAGUUUGAAUGGGCUUAUGAGCAAUCAAAAGGGAAGGGGUAAUCAUCUGAUAUUGUCCUUGUCCAAUCAGCUGGGGUGAUUUAUACUUUUCAGUAUCCUGCGAGAGAAGUAAAGACCUAAUUUCUCAUUAGGGAGUCAUCCAAGUCACAACCCUGACGGAGUGAUCUGAGUGAUCCUUGGGCCUGCCCCAAAGGCAUUACAAGGACACAAAAGAGUGCAGACUUUCUAUGUUGAGGUCUUCCCUUCUCCAUAAUCUCUAGUUCAACUAGGUUAGCAUCCUGAUGUUGUCACACUAAGCCUUGCUAGCAGCAACCAACACCCUGGAAUGAGAGCAGGGAAGUGCUCAGUUUAGCGGUGCCAGGGCUCGAGGCAAAUUGAUCUAGAUGUUACAGCAGGGAAGAGGAGAGCUCAGCUGGUUUUGGCAUGUUCUUUUGCUUAAGGUCUAGGUCUGCCCUGGAAGUUCAUGGCAUGGGAGUAGAAGGCCACUAGGCUCUGGAUGAUACCUGUCGCCAAAUCCGGUGCUGCGUCUGCCUUGUUAUCUGACAUCAACCCAGGGCAUCUGCAUGUAAAAGUCAAUGUACAUAGGCUCGUUUCAAGCAGCGACUUCCCCAGGUUUUGUUUAGCAAAGCAGUGUGCUGUCCAUUCCCAUGUGUCUUAAGACUUUUGCCCAAAUAAGCUCUGUUCAUUAUGCCCAUGGGAUAGUGGGCACCUAUGGGAUAGAUCUGUGGGCUUAUCUGGUUUGAUCCAGCGCACUGCUUGCUACCUUACCUGUUCUUUGAUUGGAUUUGGUGGCAGGGAAACGGGUCAGCCUAGAUUGCAAAAAGGAGAUAUUAUUUAUUUAAAUUGGAUCUAAAAAAUGCACCACAAAAUUCUUUGGGUCACUGGGGACUGUCCAACCCUCAGCCCACCUCAGAAAACCUUACUUACUCCGUGUUGCUGACUUGCAUGUCUCCUUGCCAAUGAAUUUCCACCCCAGUUUUCUUUGUGUGCUGCUGAGACCGAAGGGGAAGAAACACUUAAUUGUUGAGGCAUGAAUUUGGGGAAAGGGUUUUUUUCUGUUCUUUUUCUAGUAAUGCCUUUAUAGAAACUUAAUGUACAGUGAUACCUUUUUUUAAAAAGAAAAAAAAUGUUUUUAUUUAUGAAUGUCAUUGUUGAAUCAUGUUACAGCUACCUUAAAGGCCUCUCCUUGACUUGUGUCGCUCAACUGCUCUGUACGCCUUCCCAGCAGUGUGUUGCUCAGUUCCACCAUCUUCAGUAUGUGGUGGCUUGAUUCCUAGGUGUCUCCUUAAAAAAAAGAAAAGACUUCUUUCCUCCCAUCUCCCACAUUUUAAAACAUUAUUUCCCCUUUGCCAUCCUAUCCAUCAGAGCAGCUUUCUUCAGCCUGGUGACAGCCACACGUGUAGAAAAGAUUUUAUAUGCCCUGAAGAGAAACCAGAGUGUACCUCCAAAUGCCUAGGACUACCGAUCCCAUCAGCCCCUGCCAGCACUGUGGUGGCUGGGACUGAAGGGGGUUGUAGUCCAAAACAUCUGGGUAGCUUCACGUUGGCAAAGGCUGUGUGAGAGGUAGGAAGGCCUUGCUCCUUCCCCCUCGGCUGCAGCAUCGAGGCAGUCUGUGGUACUUCAUGCUUCCACUUUUGCUUUUAUCCCUGAGGUACUUUUUAGAAGACGCUGACGUGGCCUGAUAGGAAAGCCACAAGCUCCAAUGUUUGAGCCAACAUGGCGCCCUGCAGACACUGCUGGAUGGUGUCUGUCAGCAUCAUUGUCCCUUGGCCGUGCCGGCUGGAGCCGAAGGGAGUCUAGCAACAUCUGCAGGGCACCGUGUUGGCGCAACCUCCAUUUUUUAAUUUUACCUUUUCCAAGUUUCAGGAUGUACCACACACACUGCUAUUCUCUUCUUCCCCCCCCCCCCAAA